AUGGGUGCCCUGGAAUUAUUUGAAGCUUUGUCCAGCCAUGAUACUGGUCUAUUAUCAAUUCAGUCUGGAGAUGAAUCAAACCAAUCGAACGAUGUCUCUUACGCAUUCAGCCGUGUCAUAGAAGCUGUACAAGAUAUCCCUCGCACAGAUUUGGCCUUCCGAUUGGAAAUAUUGAAAACUAUCAAACGAAUCUUUACUAUGUAUCCUUCAACUCGUGAUGUGUUUCGGCUUUCAGGUGGUUAUGUUGGUCUAGUCUCUAUGAUUGUGGCUCUAGAAAAUGCUUUUACCGAUGGAUCAGAUUUUAUUAAACUAUCAGAUCAACCGCAUCAACCUUUAGAUCAUCAUAAAUUGAAACAAACUCUCUCUCAGGUGUUGGAAAUGAUUCUCUUUGUCUUGAUGGAAUCCAUGCGCGAUAAUGAUGUGAAUCGACAAUAUUUUUCAAAGGAAGUUGGCUAUGACACUUUACAAAAUGCUUUACGCUUGACUGGUGCCCUUACUUCUGAUGGACUUGCCGCCCCAUUAUUUGGUAUGCUAUUCUCAGUUAUGGUUCAAGAUGAAACAAUGUGUGGAUUGUUUACUGGACAACAUGCCAAUGUAUUAGUCGAUGCUGGUACUCUGGAUCAUUCAACACUUUUACAACAUAUUGAUUAUACAUUGAACGAUGCCUUGGUGGAUAUUCAUAAUCCAGAUGUGGCGCUCACCAUUCUUCAGCUACAGCAAUCCGUGACCUGGGAUCAAGAAUUAGCGAAUGCAGUUCUAGUUGCUCUUUAUUCUUUGAUAAGAGGUAACAGACAGAAUCAAAUCAAAUUGAAUCGGAGUGGACUCGUCCUUUUAGCUUUGCAACGUGUCUAUCCAAGAGGACCCACAGAAAAGCAUCCUUUAUCUCUAUGUCAAAUCAAGAAUGUGGAAACUGAAAAAACAACAAAUUUACUUUUACAAAUUAUCAAGAAACUGAUGGCUAUGGGUAUUGGUGAUAAGGAAUUACGUUAUCUAUUUCAAUGUUUUGGUACAGAUGGUUAUCUAACUGAUUUAGAGGACCCUGCUAUUGAUGGACUAGUGGACUUGAUUCUUCAUGGAAUGAACCGAAGUCGAUGGCCUAAUUUUAUUCAAUUCGAUGUCUCUGGAUCAACAUCAUCAAGACGGACAGCUUCUUUGGAGUUUUCAGCUUUACCAAAUUUCCCACCUUCUGCUCCUGGAUAUACGAUAAUGCUUUGGAUACAUAUUGAACGAUGGAAUAAUGAUGCCAAUAUGACUAUAUGGACAUUAUGGGAUGAUCAACAACAUCUGUUUUUCCAUGUGUAUCUUGAUGCAAGUACUCGCAAUCUUCACAUUCAUUCUGGUACAAACAAGGUGGACUGUCGAUUUGAGUCAUUUGAAUUUAAACCUGGUUUUUGGUACCAUAUUGGACUGGUACAUCACAAAUCAAGAUUGGGAGCUAGUCUUAAUGGCGAUGCACUGAAUCUCUACUUCCACCUUGGUGCUCGAUACAAAUCACUCUAUCAGGAUUCUCUACGUCAGUUCCAAACUUACGAAGCAUCCACUGCGUUAUUUUUGAAUCUUCGUGGUAUUACCAAACGACGUGAAAUGAAUAAAAGUGUACUAGCCAAUGUAAUGCGUGGAGGGACAACGACUAUGUUACCGGAGAACAAGAUCCUACUUGCAUUAAUUGCAGGAAAUACCCUUGCCUAUGGUGCACAAACUGGACUUACAUUGACUGGAUUAAGUGAAGAAUGCUUGGAUCGGAUUGAAACAGAUGCUGAUAUUAGAUACAUGUUGUUGAACUCAGCUAUUCCCAAGAUUGAACAAGCCAUUUAUGCAACAAAUUCAAUGGGUACUCUACAUGGAAAUCCUGGUAUAGCUUAUCCUUUUGGUCUGGAUGAAUCUGUUUGGAAAGUGGGUGGAUGUGCUCUUGGUUUGAAUUUGGUACAACGUUCAGAGUCAUCUCUCAUGCUGAUCAAAUCCAUUGAACUUCUUAUUGAAAUGAUUCGAUAUUCUUGGAGAAACUCGGAUGAUAUGGAACGUUGUCAUGGUUAUGAAAUCCUUGCUAGUAUCUUGAAACAGAAACGUGAUCUAAUCACCGUUGAUCUUUUUGAACUCUUGUUACAUUUUGUUGGAAAGAAUAGCUCAUUGCCCGAGGAAUCUGUGAUCAGUAAUCCAUAUGCUUAUAGAUCAGUGAUACUCAACUUUGAAAUUUGGAAAAAAACAAGUAUCCCUGUCCAAAAGGCUCAUCUCGAUCAAUUCAUUCUCUUUAUGGAAACUAGCAACAAACAUACAUUCAAUUUGAAACGUCUUUUGAAAGUUCAUCUUGUAAAGAAAAUGCUACUGGCGUUCCGAAUGAAUAUUUAUGCAAAGGAACUGAUUCCCAAUGUUGUGAAAGCUCUCAAGGCUGUGGUACUUAGUAGUUGGACAACUGAAAGCAUUCGUGCAAUUGCUACAUUUUUGGCAUCUACAGCUCCCAAUGGUAUGUAA